AUCGAUACUUGCUGUCCUCAAUUAAAAAUAAAUUUACAAAAUUUCACUGUUCUGUUUAUAAAAAUCGCAUUGCUAAAACGUUCAAGUUUCACAUUAAAACACAAAAGUGCUAGCAGCGUUGUAGAACAUGUCAACACCCGCACGCAGACGUCUUAUGAGAGAUUUUAAAAGACUUCAGGAGGAUCCACCAACGGGUGUUUCGGGUGCGCCAACAGAUAAUAAUAUUAUGAUAUGGAAUGCUGUGAUUUUUGGUCCACACGAUACCCCAUUCGAGGAUGGUACCUUUAAGUUAACCAUAGAAUUUACGGAAGAAUAUCCAAAUAAACCGCCAACAGUUCGAUUUGUAUCGAAAGUAUUUCAUCCAAACGUUUAUGCAGAUGGUGGCAUAUGCUUGGAUAUACUACAAAAUCGCUGGAGCCCCACAUAUGACGUGUCAGCUAUUUUAACAUCAAUACAGUCACUGCUGAGCGAUCCUAAUCCCAACUCACCGGCAAAUUCGACCGCCGCCCAGCUGUACAAAGAGAAUCGUCGCGAGUAUGAAAAGCGUGUGAAGGCCUGUGUGGAGCAGAGUUUUAUCGAUUAGCCAUGCGCCAACAUCAACACCAACCAGAUCAGCAGCAGCAGUUUUCAGAAGCGGCAGCGGCAACAAACUUCAACUUCAAAAACAACAACACCAACAACCACAUGCAAUAAUAUAAAAAAGUUUAAAUUAAAUAAUAUCAGAUAUAUUUAUAAUAGUUAUAAUGCUAUGAAAUUGUAACAGCGCCUAAAACAAGCAAACAUACAUGAACUCUUACCCGCGCGCACACGCACACACACUCACAUAUACACAUAUACCCGCAAGCAGGGCAGUUUAUAUUUUCGGCAAAUGGUUUUAAUAACAAUAAUAACAUCAACCUAUUGGAGCAGAAAACAGAAGCAGCAGCAGCAGCAGCAGCCACCUUGAGCGACAACAAUAGAGAUAUUUCCACAAGCCUCUCAUACGCUAUCUAUAACAGUAGCAUCAGCAAUUUAAUGUUAUAAUUCAAAUAGCAGCAGAAAAGUUAUAAAUAAUAAUA